CAGUAACUUAGGCAAUUGAAUGUCUUGUGAACAAGACCUCACUCAUACUCAAAUUGUCCGAGAUCACAUACUCUUUUUCACACACGAGAGACAUCGCCUCUCUCAUUCUCCGGCUUCUCCUCGAUCUAGCUGCAUCGGUAACCAUGCCGGAAAAUGACCGGGUAGCCCCUGCUCGAAGACGCUCAUCCUUCGCUUACGACCCUGCAAGAGAUACGUUCAAGGAGAUUCCUGUCACGAAGGUCGAUGAGGCAAUUGCAGAAGAUAUAGAUGAAGAGGCUCAAGGACCGGUUGCCGCGACAUCAAGCCCGGCAAUCGAUCGAAAUAUAGACGCGCAGGCACGAAAGCGAAGAAGAUCAGACUUACCUGAGGAGAGACUGAGCGAUGAGGUGAAGAAGAGUGACAAUCAGAGAGAAUCUGCAAGCUUUAAGAAACAACGCACUUCCCAGUCCCCUCCAAGAGACGACCGUCGUUCUCCCAGACCUGCUACCAACGGAUCUCGCCCUGACAAGCCCGCACCGAGGGUACCGUCAGAUCUACCACGAAUACCACGUAAACCAAGAGAAGACGGCGAAGUUUCUACUUCACGACACGUGCCAUCAGCGUUCAGCAGGCGACCUGAUGGAGAUGACAGACAACGCAAUGGCCACGCCCGUCGAAGGUCACAGUCUCCACGCCGCCGAUCUCCCUCCAACAUCUACCGCCGCCGCUCACCACCACGAGAACGCCGCAAAUCACCUUCACCAAUUCGAGACUCUCCACCUCGCGAGAUGAUUCGUCCAGGUGGCGCACGGGGUCGCGGACGCAAUGUCCUGGCCGAACAACAACGUCUGGCCGCGGAACGAGAACAGAAACAUGGUAGUGCUCUUGCCCCAACCAACCGUGGCGUUCAGGAAGUCUCCAAUCAAUUCUACAAUGCUCGUCCUGAGUGGGUCAAGGAGCGGGGUCGUGACUGGCGCCGAAACGAGUCUCAGAUCAAAGGUCUACGCAGCUACAACAACUGGGUGAAGUCUUGCUUGAUACAAAGAUUCAGUCCCGAGGAAAAGAAAGAACCUGAGGAGCUGGGCUGGGGAGAAGAGGCCAAGGAACCGGAAGAACAGAAGCCUCUUCUUGUGCUCGAUGUUGGGUGCGGAAAGGGUGGAGAUCUUGGAAAGUGGCAGCUUGCUCCUCAGGUUGUCGGGCUCUACGUCGGUCUCGACCCGGCUGAGACGAGUAUUGCGCAGGCACGCGAGCGGUAUCAACAAAUGCGACGUGGACGCCGCCCUAUCUUCGAUGCUCGUUUCCUCCCGCAGGACUGUUUUGGUGCCUGGAUCGGUGACGUUGGCAUCAUCCGCGAAGUAGGAAUUGACCCCAAUGCUGGCAGUGGUCAACCAAGUCGCUGGGGUGGCGGUGGCUUCGACGUCGUUACAGCCAUGUUCACGAUGCAUUAUGCAUUUGAAUCAGAAGAGAAAGUGAAGAUGAUGCUCCGGAACGUUGCAGGAUCGCUGAAAAAAGGUGGACGUUUCAUCGGCGUCGUACCGAACAGUGAUGUGUGUGCGGAGCAUAUCCGAACUUGGUUCGCCGACAAGGAGUCGAAGAAGCCGCAAAAUGGAAAUGGGACGCAAGACCCAUCAGCCGAAGAAAUGACCAAGGAAGAUGGUGAGGCUGACGAAGAGGGACCAAGCUGGGGCAACUCGCUAUAUAAUGUCCGCUUCCCGAAUGACCCGGUGCGCCCAUUGCAGGCUGACGGUUCGUUUCGCCCACCCUUUUCGUGGAAGUACACAUAUUGGAUGGCCGAGGCUGUGGAUGUGCCCGAGUUUGUGGUGCCAUGGGAGGCGUUCCGUGCAAUUGCAGAGUCUUACAAUCUCGAGCAGAGAUAUAGGAAGCCUUUCUUGGAUAUUUGGGAUGCGGAACAGGGCAAUCGAGAGAUGAUGAGCCUGGCCUUGCGUAUGGGCGUGACCAAGCAUGAGGGUGGAGAGUUGGGGUUGACGCCUGAGGAACGGGAAGCCGUUGGAUUCUACCACGCCUUUUGUUUCGUCAAGGUCUAAGCCUGAUGGUGCGCGUCGUCGUCGUUGUCGUGCUCAAUUUGGAGAAGGUCCGAGGUGGGCCCAUAUGACCGGCGGCUAGGAGCAAUUGGGCAUGGCAAUGGCAGAAUUUGUAUAGGACACAGGAAUUCAGAUGUUCAUU